AUGUUAAAGCUACCUACUUAUGUCGAUGUGCUAGAAAGGGCCGUUAUAGCAGAAGGAAAUCUUGCUGCUCAGAAACGGACUUCCGAGUGGAAAGGGAAGAGGCAAAACAAUCAAUGGUCAAGGGGAUUAGUUACUCCACCAAAUAAGAAGCUCAAUUCAGGGAACUCCAGCACCACCACCCCUGCUCAAAACUCCAGCCCUGUGUGUCCAGACUGUGGAAGGCAGCAUCUUGGACUUGCCACUGGAAGACUAGAGCUUGUUUUAAGUGUGGGUACUAGGACUACCACUAGUUCCGCGAGAUCUAUACCAACCCCCAACGCAAAGGUAGCUGCUAAACCUACUAACAAUAAAGACACUACAAGGCAAGGUAGAGUGUUUGCAUUGGUUCCAGGAGAUGUACAGAAUGCGGCAACAGUGGUGUCAGGUACAUUUAUUGUUCAUGGUCAUUCUGCUCAUGUAUUGUUUGAUUCUGGCUCCACCCACUCUUUUAUGUCAAAACUAUUCACUCCUAAUUUAGAUAAAACUGAAGAAAACUUGUCUUAUAUGUUAUGUGUGUCUUCCCCUUUGGGAGACUCUAUGAUCUGUACUUCUGUAUACUUAGCUUGUGAACUUCAACUUGGGGAUAUUCGGGUGUAUGCUAAUUUGCUACCUCUCGACAUGACCUACUUUGAUGUUAUUCUGGGAAUGGAUUGGCUGAGUGAUUAUGGUGCAACUAUAAACUGCUUGACUAAGAAAAUCAGUUUCCACCCUCUGGGACAAUCAGAGUCUAUUGUUCAGGGACAGGAAGUGACUUCGCCACCUUAUUUGAUUUCUGUAGUCAAGGCUUGUAAAUUAUUUCAGAAAGGGUGUCAGGGGUAUUUCUGCAGUAUUUUGGAGGGACAAGUGAUGAAUGGGGAUAUUGAUAUGAUUCCAGUUGUUCGUGAAUUCCGGAUGUCUUUCCCGAAGAAUUGCCAGGGCAACUGA